GCCUGAGCGGAUGUGGCGGCGGGCGUUGCGCGCGGGGCCUCCGAGGCGGGCCCGAUCCCAGGCGGCCGGGCGCUGCUGCUGGAGCUGCGGGGCCCCGCUGAGGGGGGCGGGGGCGGCGGGCCCCGGCUUUUGCCCCUCGUGCAGCGCCUUGCAGCCGCCGGAGCCCCGCGCGGACCUCUUCGGGGUGCUGGGCUGCCCGCGCGGCUUCUCCCUGGACUUGGCCCGGCUCCGGCAGCGGUUCCUGGCCCUGCAGCGCUCGCUGCACCCGGACCGCUUCAGCCGCCGAGCGCAGGCCGAGCGCGGCUUCUCGGAGCAGCACGCCGCCCUGGUCAACCUGGCUUACGGCACCCUCCGCAGCCCGCUCAGCCGCGGCCUCUACCUGCUGGAGCUGCGCGGAGUCGAGUUGGCGGCGGGCAGCGAUGCGGAGGCCGAGCCCGGCUUCCUCGCCGAGGUCCUGGAGCUGAACGAGCAGCUGGCGGCCGCGGACUCCGAAGCGAGCCUGGCUGGGCUGGAGCGCCUUCUGGCAGCAAAGCAAGAAGCUCUGGUGCAGGAGGUGAGCAGGGCCUUCGAGCAAGAUGACCUUCACAAGGCCAAAAGACUAUUGGGCAAAAUGAAAUACUUUGCGAACCUAGAGGAGAAGGUGAAGGAAAAGAAAACCCCUUCUUGAUCCCUCACUCUGUUUAGGACAAUCUGUGAUGCAGUUUGGCUUGUCGCUUCCUUGACACCAAGGAGCCAUUUGGAGACUGAGGGGGGCGGGCCGGUAGCAACCUGGUUCUCUGCUUGUGGGCCAGAAAGAGAAACGGCCUGUGAGGGAGACCACAAAUCAAAAUAAAGGCGCUCUGGGGAUCCA